UGUGUUACAUAAAUACUGUAUUGCUCAUGGUCUAGAGACGGCUUGUCGUCGUCAGCAUGUGCUGCCUGCUUGCCUGCCAGCCUGCGUGCCCGAUCGCCCUUGCGCACGCCAACCCGUCAUUGCGUUGGAAGAGCCAGCGACUACGGUGGAACCGCAAAGGAGGUCCUGUUUUGGAGAUGCCGAUCUGACAUUUGCGGGGGGGCCUGUUGGGCGUUGGUGGUUCGUUCGAGGAUGAGGGCCUCGAUCUGAAUCGAUUUGAACCUGCGCGAGGUGGUGCAGCACUUGAGGGGCAGAGGGGUAGAGGGCGAGCUGGGCCUUAAGUCCGUUAACGCCGGUGCAUGACCCGCUUGCCAGGGCGGCCUGCUUUGGUGUGAUUGAUCGCAACAGCUCACAAUAUCUGUCGCAUCGCAGUAGCUGCAUGCCAGCAGCCGUCUAACGCUGCAGUAGCCUUUUUCCCUGGCAACCUGGCCAGUCCACAGUCCACCACUCCACCACUCCACUAUUGGGAUCCUGCUGUGGCAUGCACGUCGCAUAUAAUCCCGCCGUCGACCGCAUUGAUCUCUGACCUCGCUCGCCCCAGCUUGCCCAGCUCCUCUUCCCCCGGGGCCCUGGUCAAUCUACGCUCUUCACCCCGGCUGGCCUGCGCAGGGACCGUUUCUCUUUGCGACGAUCGUUCAAUUGUGCACUCGAGCCCGCGGGUUUUUGGCCCUCGUGCGACGCCCUGGACCUCCCAGUCGGAUCGCCCACUGCUCUCUGCGCCGUCUCUUCGCCCGGCCUGGCGCCCAAGCCAAUCAGUCGGUGUCUUGCUGCUGAGUGCUCCUGACAUCCGCGCCCUGUGCUCUUGUGCUCUUGCCCCAACCGGGCCGCUUACCCCGCGACAACCCCCCGACUGGUCGCGACCGAUUGCCAGGCGUGUAGCCUUGUCCUCUUGAAAACUAACGCCUGGGUUUGCGACCAGGCCUAGAUAUCUACUUUCCCAUCCUGCCUUGGGACCCCAGGACAAGCACCACUUGAGAAGCCGGGCUCUCCACUGCACCCCGAGGAGAUCACAACCACCCCCCCUCCCCCAGCGGCCAGCCUCUAGUCUGGGUAAUUGGCUGCCAAGGCCCAUGAUGACGCCCACACCGCCCUCGAACACGCCCUCCUCAGGGCCUCGCUCUCCCGACCAACACCGGGUUGUGCGCAAGAGGAACAGGGUCCCACUGAGCUGCUACCCAUGCCGGUCCAGGAAGCUGAAAUGCGACCGGACUCACCCAUGCAGCAACUGCGUGAAGCGCGAGGGUGUCGACACUCUGGCCUGUUCCUACGCCACUCCCUCCAACCGCAAGAGGAGCCAGAACCAGCAGGGCAAUGGCCCUGACGAUAUGCAGAACCGCAUCGACCGGCUGGAGGGCCUGGUCUUGUCCCUCAUGCACGGUGGCGCCACAAUCUCCUCGGACGCCGCAGCAGCCGUCGGCGCCGUCACAGGCAGCAGCAGCAGCACCAAAUCAUCGGGGCCCGGCGGCAACUCGGCUACUCCGAACUCGUCCUCUGCCGGGGCCGGCCAGGAUGACGGAGAGAUGAGGGACGACGACGAGGACGACAGUGACAUUGACGACGGGCUUGCCAACUCCCUCGGUGUGCUCAAGGUGGACCCCGACAGGGGCAAGUCCAUGUACAUAGGGCAGGAACACUGGCACACCAUUCUCGCCGACAUAUCCGAGGUCAAGAACUACUUCAACAACCACAAGAAGGACCUCGAGAAGAGCUAUGAGAAGGUGCUCUUGAGCAAACCCGCAUAUGCUCGGAACGGGCCAACCUUCUUGGUGGGCGCCGCCCCUGCGACGGACGUCGAGCUGAGGGCCGAGUUGCCUCCCAAGUCGGCCGUGCUUACUCUCUGUGCCCGGUACUUCAACUCCAUGGACAAUGCCGUCAUCAUCAUCCACGCCCCUACAUUUCACCAGCAGCUGCGCGCCCACUGGCAGGACCCGAGCAAGACGCCACUCAUGUGGCUGGGCCUGCUCUACUCCAUCCUUUGCCUGGCCAUGUUGAGCUACCACAAGGUCGGCGACGAGCCGCCCGAGUGGAAGGGCAGGGCCAUAGAGCUGGCCGCUGAGUAUCGGCUGCGGACGGUGCAGUGCCUCAUAACUGCGGACUACACCAAGCCGAGCGAGUACACUGUGGAAACCAUGCUGCUCUAUGUGUUUGGGGAAUUCUCGUCGAGGUGGGACGCGGACCUGUCACUGUGGCUGAUAUGCUCUCUGGUGACGCGCGUGGCAUUCCGAAUGGGCUAUCACAGAGACGCCAAAUGGUUCCCAUCGCUCACGCCAUUCCAAGCCGAGAUGAGAAGGCGCACAUGGGCAAUGGUGAGAAUGACCGAUGUUGUCUUUUCACAUCAGGUUUCCCUGCCGAGCAUGAUAUACGACCAGGACUGCGAUACGCAGCUGCCACACAACAUCUUUGACGAGGAGUUCGGCCCAGACACCAAAGUCCUCCCGCCAUCCCGGCCGAACAGCGAGCCGACCCCUGUCAGCUACAUGAUCGUCAAGGUCAAGCUCUGCCAGGAGCUGGGGAACAUACUGCAGGUGACGAACCGGGUCGGAAAGCAGGCGGCAUACGACGACAUCCUGAGGUUCGAUGCCAGACUGCGGGAGCUCAGAGACGAGAUCCCACCGCACCUGAAGAUGCAGCCGCUUGAGGGAUGCAACGACCCUCUCACCAUGAUCGUCGCGAGGUUUAACGUCGACAUCCUGUACCUGAAGAUACAAUGUCUCCUGCAUCGGAAAUAUCUGGCACGCUCGAGACACAACCCAAGGUACGCGCACUCCAGGCGCAGCGCCAUAGAGGCAUCGCUGGAAAUGCUGCGGCACCUGAUCAGCCUGCACCGGGAAUCACAACCUGACGGGCGGCUGCGGGCCAUCAAAUGGUUCGUUGCAUCGAUAGCGACAAAAGAGUUCCUCCUUCCCACAAUGCUGGUUAUCCUAGAUCUGCAUUUUGAUCAGCAAACGGAUGGCGCCAGCCGGGGCCGGCAGGACUCGCUCUCUGCCAACUUCUGGACGCCCGAGCAGCGCCUGGAGAUGGUGCGCAGCCUCGAGACGACACGGGACAUAUGGGAGGGCAUGACGGACGGGUCGAUGGAGGCGGUGAAGGCCUACAACAUCAUCAAGAUCAUGCUCGAUAAGACCAGGAGCCCGGGCCCGGAGGGCCAGCCCGGCGGCGCGCCUUCGGCCGUGCCACAACAGCCCUCGGCUGCGACGAAGGACGACCUGUUCUCCAACGUGGGUGGAGCCAGCAUGGAACCGGAGCAGUCGGCGGCCAUGACCCUGGGCAUGAUGUCGUCCGGUGGGCUGACGCCUGAGACGGCAGCCGCAUUUGGGGGCGCCAUGCAGAGCCCCGGGGGCACCACAUACCCAGGAAUGGACUUGUCGGUUCCUCCGGUUGGCGAGGGGACUGGCAUGACACCCGACUUUUCGGGUGAUCUGGGGCUCAACCCCGGGUCGCCCUUUUCGACCAUGUUUGGCAGUGGGAUGGAUAUCGGGCAGAAUUUUGACUGGGAUGCACUGCAGAACUACACCGAAAACACCAACUGGGGGACCGAGAACCAAUUCCAGACGUUCUUUGGGGGCGAUGCCAACAACAUGGGCCAGACGCGAAGCGGCCCGUCUCCCGGCAGCGGGGACGGGUUCUCGUUUAGCACGCCUGGGAGCAGCUCGAAAUGAGGAAGACUUGAGUGGCGGCGAAGAUCAAUCCCGCGCAGGCCGGGUGGUUGAUUUGGUCGUUCAAGUCCUGGCCGUGUGAGGGCGAGGAGUGUGUUGCUUGUUGAAACAGGAGAGCCGGGCCACGUCCUGUGCAGUAAGGCUAGGAAACAAGGACCCCGGCACAUUACCUCCAGACAAGGCGAAAGGGUCAGUACUGGGGACAAGGCAAGUGGCAGGAUGUACAAAACAAAAUACCCAUCUCCAUCUGUGUCUCUUCAAGGUCUACGGAGUAUAGGUAUAGACGUGGUGGUGGUGCCGAUCACUAGAAAAUGCCAGUCGGUUUGGUUGCCUUUCAGCAUGGAGUCGUUAUUUUGGCGUGUGCUCCACUUCUCAAGGGGGCUGAUGAGAGCGAUCAGUGGGCGAUGAAUCAGCUCCCCCCUCCUGCUGCUCGGCACCUCUGACCACAGGAGGUAUCCGGCCU